AAUGAUGACGACGACGUAAGCUGACCUUCCUCUAUGCGGCCUUGUCGUUCUCGUCCCUGAAACAGGCGAGGAGGACGUUGAAUGGUUUUCUCUGCAGUGUUUGAUUUCAGUCGCCUGAAUUAGAAAACCAGCAGUUGGCCAUGCCGACAACACUGGAAGUACCGACUCUGCAGGAGCUGAAAGUGGAUGAGGUAAACGUCUCAUCUGCAGUUCUGAAGGCCGCUGCACACCAUUAUGGCUCCCAGUGUGACAAACCCAAUAAGGAGUUCAUGCUCUGUCGCUGGGAGGAGAAGGACCCAAGAAAGUGUAUACAAGAAGGGAGGAAGGUCAAUGAAUGUGCACUUAACUUCUUCAGACAAAUCAAGGGAAACUGUGCCGAGUCCUUCACGGAGUACUGGACCUGCUUGGAUUACACCAACCUGGCAGAACUGCGUCACUGCCGCAAACAGCAGCAAGCUUUUGACAGCUGCGUCCUUGAUAAGUUGGGCUGGGUGAGACCUGACCUGGGAGAACUAUCUAAGGUAACCAAAGUGUCGACCUCGCGGCCUCUCCCAGAGAACCCCUACCACUCUAGACCGCGUCCUGAGCCCAACCCGACCAUCGAAGGCAAACUGGAGCCUGCCAAACAUGGCAGCAGGUUAUUCUUCUGGACCUGGUGAAACGGUACCAGGAGAAAAAAAAAACAAACAAAAAAAACAAUCUAUCACCCUCCAAAGUCAUGGUUUCUGUCCAAAAACGGUGAGGCUAGCUAUGAGCAUCCAUGUAAUGAUGAUAUCUGGUGGUUUGAAUCGCUCAGGUGUGAGCUUUUUGCACCUUUUCUGUGGAUGUGGUUGGAUUUGGACAGGGCUCAUGUCUGUACAGCCUUUUUAAAAGCAGCACCGCGCCGUCUUUGUCAAACAGUUUGAUGAAG